AUGAUAGAGUAUAUUGGAGCCACCGGUGUUCCAGUGACCUUUGAUUCAGUCCCAAUAAAAGAUGGGAUUGAUUUCCAUUUCAUCUUAAGCUUUGCCAUCGACGCAGAUUCAUCAGGGAAUCCCCAGAACGGGAUUUUCUCACCCUACUGGGCCUCGUCUCUAAGUCCGGACUCAGUUACCCAGGUCAAGCAGGAUCACCCGAACAUCAAAGCCAUGGCGAGCCUCUCGGGAUGGGGCUUAGGUGACAAAGUUCUUCGUUGGUAUGAACCGAACAACACCCAUGAGUGGAUCUCAAAUGCUUUCAGUUCCCUCAAGUCUUUGAUCGCUUCUUACCAUCUCGAUGGCAUUGAUAUCGACUACGAGUCUUUCCCGAAGAAGAAAGCUAACUCCACCUUUGCAUUUUGCAUGGGCGAGCUAAUCACUAUGCUGAAGAAUCAGAGCGUUAUCUCCAUAGCAACCAUUGCCCCCUACCACUUGACCGCCCAUCCCUAUUACACCGACCUCUUCAACGGCUAUGGCUCGGUAAUCGACUACGUAAAUCAUCAAUUCUACACCGAUAAAGUGAGGACCCCGAAAGGGUACUUGGAGGCGUUUCAAUUGAGGGCAAGCCAAUUUGAUAAGGGCAAGUUGCUCCCAAGCUAUGAAGUGAAUGGAAGAGGCAUCCAAGGGGAUGCCUUCUUUGAUGCCUUAGGGCUUCUUGAGGAGAAUGGCUUUGAAAUCAAUGGGAUCAUGAUCUUCUCAGCCGACGCCUCUUCCGUUAAUGGAUACUAUUACGAGAAGAAAUCGCAACAGUUCUUGUUAAACUCUACUAGUGCCGAUCCUCCUAGCUAUUACUAUUGAGAUGAUAUCAACAGACUACGUCGUUAAUUGAUUAAUUCGUCGAGUAUGUUGGAAUGUCAUCUCGUAUGCUAGCUGUUACAUACGAGGUUAAUAAAUUUCCAGAC